AUGGAAAGACAGAAAACACUGACAGUUAAACACAUGGAGAGGAUGUCAAAGAAACUAAACCUACACACCCUCAUCCCUAAACCCAGCAACACUUCCACCUUCCGAACCCCCCCUACUUCUUCCUACCACAUCCUCCCUUCUCCUCCCUUCUCCAAACCCCUUAUUCAUACCCUUCCUAACAUCAAGGAAGAGGAGGAAGAGGAAAUCAAGGAGAAGACAAUGAUUAAGCAAAUGGAAAGGAUGUCAAGGAAACAAUCCUUUUUACCCACCAUCAUUCCAAAACCCACAUCCAUUGCCAGCUUCCCCACCCCCCCUACUUCUUUCUACCCCAUCCUCCCAACUCCUCCCUUCUCCAAACCCCUUAUUCAUACCCUUCCUAACAUCAAGGAAGAGGAAAUCAGGAAGAAGACAAUGAUCAAGCAAAUGGAAAAGAUGUCAAGGAAACAAUCCUUUUUACCCACCAUCAUUCCAAAACCCACAUCCAUUGCCAGCUUCCCCACCCCCCCUACUUCUUCCUACCCCAUCCUCCCUACUCCUCCCUUCUCCAAACCCAUCAUUCAUACCGUCCCUAACAUUAAGAAAAAGAAGGAGGAAAUGAAAAAGAAGGCAAUAAUGACCCAAGUAGAAAAGGUGUCAAGGAAACAAUCCUUCUUCCCCUCCAUCACUUCAAAACCCACCCCCAAUCCCACCUUCUCCCUCCCCUCUACUUCUCCCUUAUCCCUUGGCUCUACUCCUCCCGUCUCCAAACCUCUUGUUUAUAGCCUCCCCACCCCUCCCAGUCACACCCUCUCUCGCAAGAAUCGCAGGUUCCACCAUCACCUCCACCCACAACCGCCACUCCCCCCCCACUAG